AGAUGGACCAAACGCCCCCAGCACGCUCCGAAUAUCUGGUCUCAGGGAUUCGAACUCCCCCCGUGCGGAGGAACAGCAAACUGGCCACUCUGGGCAGGAUCUUCAAACCCUGGAAAUGGAGGAAAAAGAAAAACGAGAAACUGAAGCAGACGACGUCCGCGCUGGAGAAGAAGAUGGCUGGCAGGCAAGGUCGGGAGGAGCUCAUCAAGAAGGGGCUGCUGGAGAUGAUGGAGCAGGAUGCUGAAAGCAAAGCGUGCCCCCCUGACGGAGGCCCCGGAGCUGCACAGAGCGAGCCGUCCACUCCCAAGCAGGAGGCUCUGACUUCGGGAGAAGCCCAGCCGGGAAGCCCCUUGGCCCCCGGGACAGACCAGGCUUCCCUGGAGGAGCUGCUGUCCUCGGACGCUCAUUCGGACGAUGCAGCCAAGAUGCCAUCAGCAUCCAGAGGUGAAGAAGCAGACACCGCCAGCAGCCUUCCGCCUACCAUGGAUGAGCACCCUCAAGCCUUAGCUGGGUCCGAGUCCCUGGACAGUCCUUCCAGACCUCUGGAGAGAUCCAUGGGCCAGCUCCCCAGCCCUCCGCUGCUGCCCACCCCACCGCCCAAGGCAGGCUCCAAAACCACGAAAAGUGUCACAGGCCAGCCCACACUCUUCCAAGGCUCUGGUGGGAAGAGUACUGACCCUCUCCUCCGAGGACAGCUUUCCACGCCCACAGGGUCUCCACAUCUCACCACUGUCCACCGGCCGCUGCCCCCCAGCCGCGUCAUCGAGGAGCUGCACAGGGCGCUGGCCACCAAGCACCGCCAGGACAGUUUUCCAGGAAGGGACAGUAAAGGGUCCCCGAAGAAGCGGGUAGACGUCCGACUGUCGAGAACGUCCAGCGUGGAGCGGGGCAAGGAGCGGGAGGAGGCUUGGAGCUUCGACGGGGCCUCGGAGAACAAGCGGACUGCGGCUCAAGAGUCCGAGGAGAACAAGGAGAACUUGAUCAUGAACUCCGAACUCAAGGACGACCUGCUUCUGUAUCAGGACGAGGAGGCACUAAACGACUCCAUCAUCUCUGGAACACUGCCCAGGAAAUGCAAGAAGGAGCUCUUGGCGGUGAAACUGAGGAACCGGCCCAGCAAGCAGGAAUUGGAAGACCGGAAUAUUUUCCCCAGGAGGACUGAUGAAGAAAGGCAGGAAAUUCGGCAGCAGAUUGAAAUGAAACUCUCCAAACGGCUGAGCCAAAGACCUGCUGUGGAGGAACUGGAGAGGAGAAAUAUCUUGAAACAAAGGAACGAUCAGACUGAGCAGGAAGAAAGAAGAGAAAUCAAGCAAAGAUUGACAAGAAAGCUUAACCAGAGACCCACAGUUGAUGAACUAAGAGACAGAAAAAUUCUGAUACGAUUCAGUGAUUAUGUGGAAGUGGCGAAAGCACAAGAUUAUGACAGACGGGCAGACAAACCCUGGACGAGACUGUCAGCAGCAGAUAAGGCAGCAAUUCGUAAAGAACUAAAUGAAUACAAAAGUAAUGAAAUGGAGGUACAUGCAUCAAGCAAGCAUUUGACAAGAUUCCACAGGCCAUAGAGAUUUUCUUCUGAGAAGAAUUGGUGUUUAAUUUUUGAUACCAACACUGAACAAUCAUCAGGGAACUUUCCUGAAGUUCAGCUCAAGACUACUUGCUGUGUUUGUGAGAGGAGCAGGAUCACAUACACAGGUGAAAUCUUGGCCGCACUUACCUGUAAGAGGAGAAACCAGAGGACACGCUUCACUCUUGUUGUCUGAGGAGUGUGAACUGUUGGGGUCAGUUAAGACCCAAAGUAACUGUACCAGAAGAAAACUGUCUGCCUUUCAACCUUGCUUUACGGUUCUGCAGUGUAACGGAGGAUGGGCAACGUGCAUGUGCAGGCUCAUCACUCCAAGGCCUCUGACAUGAGGGAUGUGUGACGCAGUGUCAUUCAGUAUUAUGUUGAAAAGACAUUUUUAUUCUGAUCACGAUUAAUUUGAGAACUCUUUAAGUUCAUGUUAUACAAAUGAUUUACUGUAUUAUACUUUUCCUUUUUUUAUAUAAUGUCUAACAAAAAAAUACAGCUGCAACAUUU